UCAAUGUAUCAUUGCUUGAUUAUCAAUGGGGUAAAACAGAGGAAUUUUCAAUGAUGGGUGCGUUGCGCAUAAGGUAUUCCAUCAUGAACUUAGAAGCUGAAAAACAGUACGUUCUUAAUUUACAAAUGUCAAUAUGCAUGAAAUCAUCUGCGUGCGAAGAAAAUCUCGUUCUGUUAGAAGAUGCCCGUAUACCAAAAAUUGGCUGUGACUGGAAUACAUCCCUAUCUGAUUUCGAUCUAGACAAGUACCUGGAGGGUAUUGGUCAACAACUGGAACACAUCGGAGACAAUUUACCUGCCAUUGUUGCUGAUAAACUUCUGGAGAAGCUUGGAGUUUCUAUGUACAUGCUGCAAAACAAUUGUAAAACCUCAGCUGUGACAGUCAACAAAUUAGAAAACAAAUGCAGUAAGCUCGAUAUAGAUCUACAAUUGCCUGAUAUGAUGACGUGCUCUAUACCGACACAUUGUACAGCUAUAGAAUGUUGUGUCAGUAUUCCACUGAUAGGAAGAUCUGUGAGCGUCGCUGUAGACCUAGAUGCUUGCGCAUAUCAAUUGUCAAUUACGAUUGAAAAAUUUAAAAGCAAUAUACGGCUGUUCGACUACGAAUGGGGAACCUGGCAAAAGAUAAACAUUAAAGACGUGUUUAUACUGGAAUACAUGAUUGAUGAUCUAAAAUCAAGCAAACAAUUUGUAAUAUCUGUACGUAUGCUCGCUUGCUUCGACAGUAGUAAAUGCAUUUUGGAUGUACCAAUCGUUGACAGUUUGAUGCUUCCAAAACCGCUAUGCAACUUCAACGGGACAUUUAAACUUCCCGAUUUUACACUGGACAAGUGGAUCAAUGAUAACGCAAAAAAUCUAACGCAUGGACUGACAGACAUCCUGAGAUCUAAAUUGUUCGAAGAGUUGGGUAUAACUCCUUAUCUUCUGGAUAAGGAGUGCAAUGCUGGGACUUCUGCUCACUCCGGAUGGUCAUCAGACUGUCCACUUAAAGGAUCACUGCCAACAUUACCAGAUAACAUGAACUGUCAUCUUGUUAAACACUGCACUGGUUUCUCCUGUUGUGUAAAUGUUCCAUUGCUGCAAAGAUCAUUUUCAUUUUACUUUGAUAUGGAUAGCUGCAACUUUGCACUUACGGCAGGAAUAGAGAAGCUACAAUAUAACCAGUCUCUUAUAAACUAUGAAUUUGGAAAAGCAAACAAGGUUGAUUUAUUUGGUGUCAUUCAAUUCAGGUGUGUUAAUAUUUUAUUUUAA